CGGCUGGGCGUUGAUCUUGGCGGAACAAAGAUCGAGGCAAUUCUUCUUGAUGAGGGAAACCGCGCGCUGGGGCGCAAGCGGAUACCCACUCCAGACAGCUAUGACGGCAUCCUGUCCGCGAUUGCCUGCCUUGUGAAUGAACUGGGAACGGGGGAGUUCAGCGUUGGCGUAUGCACACCAGGGGCCAUCUCGAAGAACACCGGAAUGGUAAAAAACAGCAAUACCGGGUGUCUCACGGGCAGGCCGCUGCAUGGAGACUUGGAGCGCGCGCUGGGGCACGGUAUCCGAAUGGAGAACGAUGCGAACUGUUUUGCUGUGGCCGAAGCCACCAUGGGCGCUGCCAAGGGAUACGACACGGUAUUUGGCGUGAUAAUGGGAACCGGAGUGGGCGGCGGCAUAGUCAUGAACAAAAAAAUCUACCGCGGCCGCACAAACACUGCAGGCGAGUGGGGCCACCACGUACUGCACAGUGGCGGCAACAAGUGCUACUGCGGAAAUCGCGGAUGCGUCGAGACGUACAUAUCAGGUCCCGCGCUGGAAAGACGCUGGCAGGAGAUCACAGGCCAAGCCCUGCCGCUAAAAAAGAUCAUACCACGCACAGGAUCCCGUGCAGGAACCGAGUGGAAAUCCGAGUUCCUGAACAACUUUGGGGCCGCGCUGGCCAACGUGAUCGACAUCCUGGAUCCUGAUGCCAUCGUACUGGGCGGCGGGGUGUCAAACGUGCCGUUCCUUUACGACGAGGGAAGAAAACAUGUCUGGGAUGACGUGUUCGGUGGUGUGGCAGAUACACCGAUCCUGCAGAACAAGCUCGGGGAUUCGGGCGGCGUCUACGGGGCUGCACUGCUGUAG